AUAUAUAUAUAUAUAUAUAAGUAUUUGUUUUAAAGCCCGCAUAUCAUUUAUCUUUUUAUCUUUAAAAAUCAGUAUAAAUACCUUAUCUUUUCGAAAUAGAGUUCAGUUUAUCGAAUCUAUUGAUUCAUAAAGGUAAAAAAAUGGCUAAAUAUUUAUUUGCACUUUGCUUGACAAUUUUGAUCGCCAAUGUUGUCGUGGCAGAAUCAAAUGAUGUGGAGGAAAUUUUAAAUCAAGAAGUUAAUGCAUUUCUUAGUUAUCCAAAAUCAUUAAUAUCAAAAGAUAUUCUAUUUGAUGUUUAUUCUGAUAUUGAAUUAGAUGAGGAAUCCGGAAAAUGUAUUCGUCCUUUGAGAAGAUGCGAUAAAGGUGGUGAUCUCAGAUGCUGCCGGCAUCUUAGAUGCGGAAGGAUUAUAAAACGUUGUCUUCCUGCUUGGUUAGUUCCCAAACCACCGGAGACAACAACUGAAUCAUAAUUGUAUGAAAAUUAUAGUUUUAAACAUCUAAUAAAAUUCUAAUGUGAAACUAA